AAAAAGGCGGGAAGGGCAUUUGGCCUCGUGCUGCGGACGCGACAGGCGAGAAAAAGGCGGGAAGGACAUUUGGCCUCCCGCUGCACGGGCGACAGGCGGGAAGGGCAUUUGGCCUGGGGCUGCGGACAUGCCACAUGCAGAAAGGCGGGCAAGGCGGCGAGGCUCGCGCUAUAGCCGCGACAGGCGAAAAAAAGGCGGGCAGCGCACAGCUGUUGGUCACGCGCCGCGGCGGUUAGAACGCUGCGGGCGGGGGCGGGGCUGCGAGGGGCGCUCGAGCGCCGUGCCCCGCCCCCUCUCCUUGGCAGGGAGCCAGGCUGGCGCGGGACGGGGCUGCGCUUGACCAUGCAGGGGGGCGGCUGGGGGCUGAGCCCUGCGCUCUGCAGCGCCGCUCUCCUGCCGCUGGGGGUUUUGCUGAACGCCUUGUUUGCUCUGACCCAAGUGGAAGCUGCAAUUGAUGAAGAACAAUAUUCUGUUAAAGUAAUUAAAAAGAAUUAUAUUUAUGGCAACAUCAAACAUCAAGUGAACAUUUAUGUUAAAGUGUAUACAAAUAGUCCAUUUCUAGUAUGCAUGGAUUUGGCACUUUCUCAGAAAGAAGUAAUAGAUCCAAACUAUUUAUGGAUUGGACCCAAUGGAAAGACUCUAAAAGGACAAAGUUACGUCAAUCUCACUGAAACAGGAAAACUGAUGGUGAGAGGUUUUCAGGAGUCUAUGUCUGGAUCUUAUACUUGCACUCUUUCUUAUAAAACCAUCAACACUGACAUACAAGAAGAGAGAGAGAAAUUUAAGACAUAUAAAUUUAUGGUAUAUGCAUAUCGGGAGCCUGACUAUACAUACCAGAUAUCUGUUCGGUUUACUACAAAAGAGUGCAGACUAGCAGCUAAUGGUCAAUUCUUUGAAGAGCUGAAGAAAAUCUUGAAUGAUUUAAUCUCUGAUUUGACAUGUCAUGUUAUAGAACCAUCAUACAAAUGUCAUGUCAUCAAGAUACCAAAGCAUGGCCUCCUGGAUGAGCUAUUUGUUACUUUUCAAGUAAAUCCUUUUGCCCCAGGAUGGGAAGCAGUUUGCCAACAGAUUUCUUAUGACUGUGAAGAUGUAACCAACAGAAGAGUUCAGGAGGCAAGAGAUCUCAUUGAAGAAUUUUUCCGUAAACAAACAUAUGUUCUGAAGCACGAGUUUCGGAAUGUACCUGCAAUACAUUAUAUAGACCAUAGUUUUGAAGUUACUCGCAUUGACAGCUGUCGUCCAGGUUUUGGAAAAAAUGAUGACACCCACAAUGACUGCGCUAGUUGCUGUGUGGUUUGUGACCCUGGAACAUACAGUCCUAACAAUGAAGUGAGAUGUCAGAUUUGUACAAGCAUUCGAAUCAAACACUAUGGAGCAAAAUCUUGCUAAUAAACUUAAAAUAGAAAUUGGAAAACUGAA